AUGAGCAACCACCCUCGUCCCUCGCUUUUUCUCGCCCCAUCCGUCAACACCACUACGGUGGUCACGACGACAACCACGACGACGACAUAUGCACCCAUUCCCCUCCCCUCUGUCCCGCCACCAUCCUCGCCCAGAGACCCUAAGCUCUACCCUCUCCUCAACGCGAACCUUCCAAAGUCACUGCGCGAAUUUCCUCUUGUAUUUCCUGGUGGUUCGCGUGCCACAUUUCGCGAUGGCGAGUUCGGUGAGCAGGACAUGCAGGAAGAGGAGUCUGUCGUCGAAGGCAAGGGGUGGCGAAUGGUCAAGCGCGAUGAGGCGGACUCGAGGAAAGAGGUCGGACUCGCGGAGGCCGUCGAGCGGUAUGGUCGCAAGCGGUCAUACAGUAACGAGAACAUGAUGGAAGGCAUCGAGGUAAUCCCUGGUCUCGUCGCCACAACACCCCCUCGAAAGAAAGCCAAGAGCCACCCAUUACCCCCAAUCAACACCAUACACUCUGCUGCACCCCCCUCACCGCUACCCUCACCCCAUGGCUCACCACCUCCUGAGAGCAUUUGGCCUUCCGCACCUCCUAGUGGACAUUCCUCUCCCCAGCCACAAGCACUCGCAGGUGCCCCAUUCCAACCCGACAUGGCAAUGACGACUCUACUGGCGUUACCUCAACUACUCUCUCACUUUCAGGCCUUACCCCCACCUCUCCAAUCCCACGUGUUACUCACCUUCCUCCGACACUCGCCUCUCUCCGUUCUGCGGACACUCCAUUCCGUUUUGACCCCGACACUUGCUAGGGAUUUCCUGACACUACUACCUCCGGAGCUUGUUUCGCUUGUUCUGAGCUUCCUCUCAUUCCCCGAUCUUGCGCGCGCCUCGCGAGUGUCCAAGACAUGGCGCGCAAUAAUCGACUCAGACCCCGUCCUCUGGCGUGAUCUGCUGAAGACCACAAGGAUCUGGUUUGGACGAGACUCUGAGACCGCGUUCGCCGACGCGAUCGCGGCACGACGGAGGCGACAAGGUCUUCCUGCACCAGGUUCUCUACCUCUGCCCCAUCCUUACAAGAUCCUGUUCAAGUCGCGUCACCUCACGCGUACGCGGUGGGUGACAAACCAGAACCCGAAGCGACUUACCUUCCAGGCGCACGGGCGAUCUGUGGUGACGUGCCUCAUCUUCUCACACGGGCGUAUCAUCUCUGCUUCGGACGACCACUCGAUCCAUGUCUACUCUCCCAUCACGGGCGCCAAGGUCCGCUCUUUAGACGGCCACGACGGCGGGGUGUGGGCGCUGGCCGCCACGAAGAACACGCUCGUUAGCGGCUCGACAGAUCGCACGGUGCGGAUCUGGGAUCUGGACACGGGCCGAUGCACACACGUCUUCGGCGGGCACACCAGCACGGUGCGCUGCCUCGCUAUCGUUAAGCCUGAAUGGAUCGACUACGAGAACGAGCACGGGAUAAUCACGCGGGAGAAGUGGCCCAAGCGCCCGCUCAUCGUCACCGGCAGCAGAGACCACUCGCUCCGGGUCUGGACACUGCCUAAACCUGGGGACGAGGAGUACAGGUGUUAUGGCGCGGACGACACCGAGGUCGACCCCUCAGAGGAGGAUGUCGAAGAUAACCCGUACCACAAGCUGCAUCUCGAAGGCCACGACCACGCCGUCCGCGCGCUCGCCGCGAGGGGCCGUACCUUAGUCUCAGGCAGCUACGAUUGCACUGUCCGCAUCUGGGACAUUAUCACCGGCGCGUGCAAGUGGGUGCUGGUUGGACACACACAAAAAGUGUACAGUGUCGUGCUCGACAUCAACCGCAAUCUGGCGUGCUCGGGCUCCAUGGACGGCACUGUCCGUGUAUGGAAUCUCAGCACGGGACAGUGUCAACACGUUCUCGCAGGCCACACUUCGCUUGUCGGCCUCUUGGGCCUCUCCCCAUCGCACCUGGUUUCCGCGGCCGCUGACUCCACACUGCGUGUUUGGGACCCUGACACCGGUGAAUUGCGCCACACCCUUGCCGCUCAUCAAGGCGCGAUCACCUGCUUCCAGCACGACGAGUUCAAGGUUCUGAGCGGCUCCGACGGCACGCUCAAGAUGUGGGACAUCCGCGACGGCUCACAGGUACGGGACCUUCUCACAGGCAUCGUCGGCGUCUGGCAAGUCGUCUUCGAAGGCCGCUGGUGCGUCGCGGCAAGCAACCGGAUGGACUCCACCGUGCUCGACGUCUGGGACUUCGGGAACGACGAGGACGACGAGUGGGAGGGCGAGCCCUCGGGCGGCCUCUACGACGAAGAGUCGGACUACUCCGACGAGGACGACGAGAUGGACCGCGCCCAGGUCGAGGCGGACGCGAUGGACCAGGACCUUGACGGCAUCCCCUCCGACGCCGAGUACCUCGAGGCCGACCCCACGCACGACUACUCGGACGAGGACGAGCCGUCGCCGACGCCGGCGCGCAUGCGCGAGUGGAGCGGCGCCUCGACCUCGGACGCGGACGAGCCCCGCGCGUCGUCGAGCCGCGACUACCCCGCCAGCCACGGCGGUGCGCACGGCAACUACCGCACCCGCACGUCCGCACGGACACGCGCCGCGCGCGGAGAGGCGGCGCUUCUGCCGCCGCCUGGCUCGAGCGCGGGAGCAGGAUCCUCGGAGCCCUCGCUGCGCACUCUGCCCGCUGUGGACGAGACCCCGACGCGGCCGCGGACGCGCAACGUCGGCCACCGGCGGCGGUGGCAGCCGUAG